AUGUGCAUUACCUGGAAUAGGUUAAUCUUACUCCACGGCCCUCCCGGGUCCGGUAAAACAAGCCUUUGUCGAGCGCUGGCACAGAAACUAUCAAUCCGUCUCUCCAAAAGAUUCUCGGAUUUUCAGUUGGUGGAGGUUGAUAGCCACAACCUAUUCUCAAAGUGGUUUUCCGAGUCUGGGAAACUCGUAGGAAAGAUGUUUGAUGAUAUUUCGCAGACAUUAGAGAACGACGAUACUUUCGUGGUUCUGUUAAUUGACGAGGUGGAGUCCUUAACCUCAGCAAGAAAAUCGGCUGCCGGUGGGAAUGAGCCUAGUGACUCUCUUAGGGUUGUGAAUGCGCUGUUAACUGGAUUGGACAAGCUUCGCCAUAAGCAUAAUGCAAAAGUAAUUGUUUUGACAACGUCCAACCUUCUAGAAGCAAUGGAUACGGCCUUUCUCGAUAGAGCUGAUAUCAAACAAUAUGUUAACGCUCCAACCGCUAGUGCCAUCUACAUAAUACUAAGGACUUGCUUAAAUGAACUCAUACGUUGCGGAUUGAUUGAGGAACAAGUAUUCCACAGCCUGUUCUGUUUCUUCUCUUGGCUAAAGUGUACAAAGAGGCCGAUACCCUGCCCGGAAGAGGCAAGAAUGAAUAUUUUCUCACAGCCAAGUGCUCCAUCGAGUAGGCUGUGGCGAUGCGCAAAUGGAUGCACCUCUUUCUCGGGACGGACGCUGAGAAGACUGCCGGUUCUCAUGCACGCUGGGUACAUACAACGGGAGAAAUGCACUUUGGACGAGGCACUGGAGGCACUGGAGAUGGUUGUACAAGAUGUCAAGCAGGAGCAAAGUACGGGGUGCGAAUUACCAAAGGUGGUACCAUAG